CAGGCCUUCCGGCUUCCUGAAGAGGGCAGGAGCUGGGCAGCUGGCUGGCAGGAACGUCGGCAGAGCUUUCAUCUUCCACGUCCUUCUGUCUCCCCUCAGGUCUCUGGCCCCUCCCGAGGACCAUGCCGCAACCCCGCUGACCAGGAUUAGGGGCCCGGGAAGUAAGGGCAGGGAACCUGGAAUGGGCUGUGUGUUCUGCAAGAAAUUGGAACCAGCGUCCAAGGAGGUUGUUGACCUAGAAGGGGACGUCAGGGGCUAUGGGGCAGCAGACCGCUAUGGCCCUGACCCCACUCAGGCCCGACCUGCAUCUUCCUUUGUCCACAUCCCCAACUACAACCUCUUUCCUCAGCCCACCAGCCCCGCCUUCCUCGAUGGUGGCACUGUCAGGGGCCUCUCCGGGGUUGGGGUGACCCUGUUCAUCGCCCUGUAUGACUACGAGGCCCGGACAGAGGAUGACCUCAGUUUCACCAAGGGUGAGAAGUUCCACAUCCUAAACAACACUGAAGGUGACUGGUGGGAAGCUCGGUCCCUCAGCUCUGGACGAACUGGUUACAUUCCCAGCAACUAUGUGGCCCCUGUGGACUCCAUCCAGGCUGAAGAGUGGUACUUUGGAAAGAUCAGUAGGAAGGAUGCGGAGAGACAGCUGCUCUCGCCAGGCAACCCCCAGGGGGCCUUCCUCAUUCGGGAGAGCGAGACCACCAAAGGUGCCUACUCCCUGUCCAUCCGUGACUGGGACCAGACCAGAGGCGAUCACGUGAAGCAUUACAAGAUCCGCAAGCUGGACACUGGAGGCUACUACAUCACCACGCGGGCCCAGUUUGACUCAGUGCAGGAGCUGGUGCAGCACUACAUGGAGGUGAAUGACGGGCUGUGCAACCUGCUAGUCGCACCCUGCACCACCAUGAAGCCGCAGACGCUGGGCCUGGCCAAGGACGCCUGGGAGAUCAGCCGCAGCUCCAUCGCGCUGGAGCGCCGGCUGGGCACCGGCUGCUUCGGGGAUGUGUGGCUGGGCACGUGGAACGGCAACACGAAGGUGGCGGUGAAGACGCUGAAGCCGGGCACCAUGUCCCCGAAGGCCUUCCUAGCCAAGGCUAGGGUCCCGCUGCUGAUUUUCUGGCUUCGUUUCCCAGGUAGUUUGCUGGACUUCCUUAAGAACAAGGAGGGCCAGGAUUUGAGGCUGCCCCAUUUGGUGGACAUGGCAGCCCAGGUAGCCGAAGGGAUGGCCUACAUGGAGCGCAUGAACUACAUCCACCGGGACUUGAGGGCAGCCAACAUCCUGGUGGGGGAGCGGCUGGUGUGCAAGAUCGCCGACUUCGGGCUGGCCCGCCUUAUUGAGGACGAUGAGUACAACCCCCGGCAAGGGGCCAAGUUCCCCAUCAAGUGGACGGCCCCAGAAGCUGCCCUCUAUGGCAGAUUCACCAUCAAGUCAGACGUGUGGUCCUUUGGGAUCCUGCUCACUGAACUCAUCAGCAAGGGCCGAGUCCCCUACCCAGGCAUGAGUAAACAGGAGGUGUUGGAAAGGGUGGAACAUGGCUACCACAUGCCGUGCCCCCCAGGCUGUCCUGAGUCCCUCUACGAGGCCAUGCAGCAGACCUGGCGCCUGGACCCGGAGGAGAGGCCCACCUUCGAGUACCUGCAGUCCUUCCUGGAGGACUACUUCACCUCCACAGAACCACAGUACCAGCCCGGGGAUCAGACGUAGCCUGUCCAGGCAUCGGCCACCUCUCUGGCAGAACCCACAAGUCCUUGUCAAUCCCCAGAGCUCUUUCCCAAAGUCCCCUG